UCUAAAGUCCAAAACCAAACCUAACCCAACAUUCAUACAUAUAAAUACCCAACGAGUCGUUACUAAUAAUCUAUAAUCUGCUACGAACACCAAACAAAGGUUUAUCCCUUUCUUCUUUCUAGUUUCUACACACAACAAAAAAGCACACUACACAAAAAGGUUGGUGUAUCCGACAAACCUCUGAGAUAGUUCCACCCGUGAAGCCACUCACACCCCAAAAGAUCUCUGACUACUUUGAGUGGGGAAGAAGAAGCCUUCAGGCUACGCUCCACAAAAAAAAAGAGUCACCUUUACUUCCAUCACCAUCAAAACUCUCAUACUCACUCCGAAUCCAACGGUCAAGAUUUAUUCAUCCCCAUACACGCCUCUUAUUUGUGUUCCAAACUUCCAAUCCCACAGACAGACACUCACAAGAUUGAAUUUUGCUAAUGGGGUCUGUGCGUUACCCUCUAUUUGCGAUGAUCUUAACUUGGGGGUUACUGUUAUUGGGCUCAGAAUCAAAGACACAUUCAGGAGAUGUACAAGUUCUGAAGGAGCUGAAGCAAGGUUUGGAGCCAGGUUCGGUGAACCCAGGCUCGUGCGUUAGUUCCUGGGACUUCACGUUGGACCCGUGCGACAACCUUUUAAGCGAGAAAUUCACGUGCGGGUUCAGAUGCGACGUCGUCGUUUCAGGGCUGAGCCGAGUCACGGAACUGGCGCUAGACCAAGCCGGUUACGCGGGUUCCCUCAACAACCUCACGUGGAACCUUCCUUAUCUUCAAACACUGGAUAUCUCCCACAACUACUUCUCCGGCCAAAUUCCCGAUUCCUUCUCAAACCUAACUCGCCUGAGCCGACUCAGCCUGUCGUCCAACUCCUUCUCCGGCGAGAUCCCCGCUUCCCUCGGCACACUCUCCAACCUGGAAAAGCUUUACCUCGACAACAACAACCUACGAGGAACAAUCCCACAAGGCUUCGCCAACCUUAAAACACUCGAACUCCAAUCCAACAACCUCAACACCCGCCUUUCAAACCUGGCCUCCCUCGGAACCCUCGAAUACCUCGAUCUCAGCGACAACGCCGUCAGCGGAGAGUUUCCCCCGUCGCUCCCUUUUUCGUUGGUUCAGAUUUCAAUCAGGAACAAUAACUUGAGCGGGGUUUUAACCCGCAAAAGCUUCGAGAAGUUGACGAGGUUGCAGGUGGUGGAUUUAAGCUCCAACAGAAUGAGUGGCUCCGUUCCCUCCCUAUUGUUUGAGCUUCCGUCGUUGCAGCAGUUGACGCUGUCGUUCAACGAGUUCACCAACGUGGAAGCGCCGUAUAAGGGAGUGGAGUCGAGGAGCGGGCUGGUGGCGGUUGAUCUGAGCAACAACAGGCUCCGGGGGUGGUUGCCGUCGUUCAUGGCGGCAAUGCCGAGGCUUUCGUCGCUGUCGUUGGAGAAUAAUGAGUUGACGGGGCGAAUCCCAACGGGGUUGGGAGUGAAAACGGUGUUUCCCGGAAAGGGGGUGGCGGCGUUGGAGAGGCUUCUGUUGGGGGGGAAUUACUUGGUGGGGGGGAUUCCUCGGCCAUUGUUGGCGCUGAAACGCGAUUCUGCGAACGUGAGUUUGGGUGAUAACUGCUUGUAUAGGUGUCCUCGUAGUUUCUUUUUCUGUCAGGGUCCACAACAGAAGUCAUUGGUUCUCUGUAACAGAUUUACCCCUCCCUCGUCACCUUAAUUUCCUUUCCUCUACGGAUCCCUUUCAUUUUCUUUUUCUCUCUGUUUUAACUCCUAAGUCCUAAUGUAAUGUAUAAUUCUUUUUCUUUUCUUUUUUAAAAAAAAUCUUAUUUUUGUUGAGAGAUCUUGUCUUAAAUACAACUCAAUCAUGAAAGAGUUUUACUUUUGGUCAA